AUGACCACCCCGCCCGAGCUCGCACGAGCCACCAACUCCGAGGACGACGACCAAGCACAGUGGCCCUUUGAUCGUGCCACACGUCUCGAGCAUGCUCAGCCAGCUCAACGUGCACAAGCCGUCGUCAACUCGGCCAAGCACACCGGUCCCACGCCUCCACCUCUAGUCGCUCGACUCGGUCACGCGCUUCGCACUCUGGCAUUCGUCUCUCCAAAGCAUCUGGCCCUCGUUGCGACCUUGUUUGUGGUGGCAUUCCACCUUCUCGGCCUGUUCCUCGUCGGUCGAGGCUUCCUCCUCACCCGUCAGGCCCUCGACCAGAUCAACGAAUGUCAACCCCUGCGCUCCGACGCGACCCACGAUCCGGCGUGUUCGCUUCCGCCGACCCACACCAAACUCGUGCUUGUCGUGAUUGAUGCACUCCGAGCCGACUUUGUCCUCCCCGUCGAUCCUCAGUACCUCGUCCGCCAUCCUCGUGCGCGGUUCUAUUCCAACCAGCUGA